AUGGAAAAUAAGGACUUUGAAACUAUAGACAUAGACUUAUUAUUAGUCCAUAGACUUGAUAGCAUGACUAUAGAUACAUUGGCGAGCGGCGGCGGCGGCGGGCGCGGCUUGUUCUGUUACCACUGCCCGCCCAGUCUGCCUCCCCACCAGCACAGGCUGCCGACCCUGGAAUACCCCUUCUCAGCAUCACAUCCAUAUACUAGCUACUCCUACCACCCCGCCAUACACGAUGACACAUUCGUGCGACGGAAGCAGAGGAGAAACAGGACUACCUUCACGUUACAACAGCUGGAGGAGUUGGAGACGGCGUUUGCGCAGACGCACUACCCCGACGUGUUCACACGAGAGGAUCUCGCAUUGAAAAUCAACCUCACCGAGGCAAGAGUACAGGUUUGGUUUCAAAAUCGUCGAGCAAAAUGGAGAAAGGCGGAGAGGCUAAAAGAAGAACAAAGGAAGCGGGAAGGAACCGAGAUCCUUACGAAGAGGGACCCCACUGAUGAUAAGGGUUCGUCGGAGUGCGGCAUGUCGCGGGGCUCGGCGGAGGCGUCCCCGGUCUCCGGCGGAGUGUCCCCGCGGGGCUCCCCGCCCGUGACCCCGGGCUCGCCGCGCCGCUCACCGCUCCGCUCGCCGCGAAGAUCCCCGAAUAGGUCACCCAGACCUGAGAGAUCGGAGACGAGCUGUGCGUCGCCAGCCCCGUCGGUGGGCAGCGCGGGCUCCAGGGACGCCCCGCCCGAGCACCGACCCCCACACCACCUGUUCUCGCCGUUCGACCAUUCCGGCGCCUUCCGUUCGUCGCCGAGCGGCGCUACGGAGCCUGCGCCCGCGCCGCCCCCACCACUGUUCCUGCCGCCGCAUCUCUCACAUCUAUCGCAACACCUCAACCACUUGUCGCAGCCCUUCUUCCCUUUGAAAGGUUGGGGCGCCCCCUGCCCAUGCUGCCCAAAAGAGGAGGCGCGCUCAUCCAGCGUGGCGGAGCUCCGGCGCAAGGCGCACGAGCACUCCGCAGCGCUGCUCCACUCGCUGGCCAGCUUCCAGUCCCGGGCACUGCUGCCGCUGCCGCUCCAUCUGCCGCCUUUGCCGCUGUCACUGUUGCCACCUGAGCAGCAGGCGCCAAAUGACACGCAGAAACAUCUCGAAUAA